AACAUCUCCUUCGUCCACGUCUUCACGGUGACGAUGGAGCGGAUGGAGUCCAUGGAGCCGCUCUCUUCUCUCUACACCAGCUCUUACCCAGAGAUCCAGCCUGAGGCUCAGGGACAGGAGAAGACUCCUGCUGCUUCCUCCUACAACCAGGACCUGGUUCACAAGACGAUCCUGGUGGGAGACAGUGGAGUGGGAAAAACCUCCCUGUUGGUGCAGUUUGAUCAGGGAAAAUUCAUUCCAGGAUCCUUCUCUGCCACAGUGGGCAUCGGAUUCACGAAUAAAGUGGUGACACUGGACGAGGUAAAGGUCAAACUGCAGAUUUGGGACACAGCAGGACAGGAGCGUUUCAGGAGUGUGACCCACGCCUACUACAGAGACGCUCACGCAUUGCUGCUCCUCUAUGACAUCACCAACAAAUCCAGUUUUGACAACAUUAGGGCCUGGUUGACAGAGAUCCAUGAGUACACACAGAGUGAUGUAGUCAUCAUGCUACUGGGAAACAAGGCUGAUAUGAGCAGUGAGAGAGCCAUCAGGAGGGAGGAGGGAGAGAGACUGGCCAGGGAAUACUCGGUUCCUUUCAUGGAGACCAGCGCGAUGACAGGAGUGAACGUGGAGUUAGCCUUCACUGCUGUGGCCAGGGAGCUGCAGCAGCGGUCGGUCCAACAGCCCAGUGAGCCCAGGUUCCAGAUCCAUGAGUACAUAGACGCUCAGAAGGAGAAGUCCAGCUGCUGCAGGGUCUUCUAGACCACCGUGGUCUCCUUCUUUACAUCUGACUGUCUCGUCGUUUCCCCUCAUCCAACAUCUCCCGACACCUGGAGGACACUGGUCCAGCACUGUGACAGCAGACUGCUGUGACACAGAAGGAGCCACGAGGGGGUGCUGCUGCUGCUGCUGCUGCUACUGCUGAAGCUCUGGCAGGAAGAUGUUAACAUGAAGAAGAUUUAAAUAUAAAUGUUUUCUCCUUAAACAUCGGUGGGAGGUGCUGCAGAAGACCAGACUGACCCCCAGGUCACUGAGGUCACUCUGUUCUCCACCAGUGUCCUUUGGGUUCAUUAUGGUCUGGUCUCCACUGACUUGUUUCUGACUUGAUCGACGCGACCUUUCACUGAGCAAAGUCAAUUGCAGGAAUUGGACUAAGCGCAUAUAGCCACCAGGGGGCGCCCUGUGAGAAGGAACCAAGGCGUUUACCUGUACAGGACGGUCGGUCUUUGACACUGUGGUCCCCACUGUACAUCUGAACAGCCGGAGGUCCCGUCCAUCUUCUACCAACAGUCUCUGGUUCUCUGGACCUGCAUGAAACAAACCAAUCAAAAAUCUGUCAUCGAUAUUUAACCGCCGUAAUUCAACUCAGGGUCAAACAAACGUUUUGAUUUCAUUUCAUUUUAUCUAAUAUAAUUGUAAUGAAUUGAUCGAUUAGUUUGUUUACUUCCGUGUUUUAUUUAUUUCUCCCUUGACUCAGACGUCAGACUCACCGAGUUUUGCUUCAGUACUAACCUCAUGUUGUUUAUUAUUGUUAUUAUUAUUAUUUUCCUCUGUCAGUAUGCAUCCCUGCUCUGCUGAUAUUUGUAUCGAUACAUGAUUAAUACACUCAGGUCUGAUACAGUCGAUCGUCUGGUUAUAAGACUGUAAACAGGCUGCUUUCAGGAAACUGCUGCCAUUUCCUGUCUCUGCUCUAGUUAAUGCUGCGUCAAAGAAAAUAAAUUAUUUUUAUGUGAA